UAUAUCGAUCACCAAAAAAGCAUUUGCAGAACAAACACAGAGAUAAGAAAGAUAUACAGAGAGAGAGGAAAAGAAAGAGAUGGCAGCCAUCGCUGCCGCCGGAGCCGGAGACACCUUAAGCAGGGAGCAGCGGUGGAGCCUGGCCGGCGCCACGGCGCUCGUCACCGGCGGCAGCAAAGGGAUCGGGCACGCGAUCGUGGAGGAGCUGGCAGGGUUUGGGGCGCGUGUGCACACGUGCUCCCGGAACGAGGCGGAGCUGGAAGAGUGUCGCCUCCGGUGGGAGGAAAAGGGGUUCCAAGUCACCGUCUCCGUCUGCGACAUCUCUUCCGGCGCCGACAGGGAGAAGCUCAUAGAGACGGUGAAUCAGACCUUCGAGGGCAAGCUCGACAUACUGGUAAACAACGCAGCGCAGCUUCUUGGUAAGGCAGGCGUGGAGUGGACAUCUGAGGAGUACUCGCAUAUCAUGACCACCAAUUUAGAGUCGGUCUUCCACCUCAGCCAGCUAGCGCACCCGCUACUCUGCCACGCCUCCAUUGCUGGAGGAGGUAGCAUCAUCAACAUAUCUUCCAUUACUGGCUCGCUUGGUUUCCCCGGACUCGCACUUUAUAGCAUGUCAAAAGGAGGAAUGAACCAACUUACAAGGAGCUUUGCUGCGGAGUGGGCCCAAGACAAGAUUCGUGUGAACUGCGUUGCCCCAGGAGUGACCAGGACUGACAUGGCAAGCAGUCUGGAGCCGGAGCUCGUAGAGAACGAACUGUCAAGGACUCCGUUGGGGCGGAUGGGCCAGUCGGUGGAGGUGGCGUCGGUGGUGGCGUUCCUCUGCAUGCCGGCGGCUUCUUUCGUCACCGGCCAGGUCAUCACCGUCGAUGGCGGUCGAACCAUUGCUGCUUAGUUAGCCAAGAUUUAUGUUAGCAAUAAAGUACAUUGUGCCCGGUGCAGAUGAAGUAACAAGUGAUUAGGAGGGGCCUGAAUGUGUUCUGCGCUCAUAAUUUUUUUUGGUUCUUUUUGUUUCUUUAGCGAAGCUUUGCUUAAUUUGCUUAUCUCUGAUUAAUUACUUGAUUACUAACAAAUCCUGAUUGGAAUCACCCUUUUUUUUCUU